CCUUCUCUUGAUCGUCAACAAUAUUUGGAUUCUUCCAUUCAAGGAAAGAUCAAGGAAGAAUUAUCUCGUCUACGUAAACAAGAUUCCGAAUUACAAAAGCAAAUCGAACAAGCAUUAGAGAAAGAAAGUUUGGACAUAGCAUCACAGAAUAAGACGGGAGCAAAAGGUAAAUCAAGUAUCUUACUCAAACAAGAAUUGGACGAUGUGAGAAGUAAGAUCGAACGUCAUAAUCAGAGAAGGGAAAAAGUUGACAAGGCUCCCGGUGUAAAGAGUGCUCGUGAAAAAGUUGUACAAUGUUACAACAAGAAUCCAGAAUCAACCUUGGAAUGUUGGGCAGAAGUUCGCGAUUUCAGACAAGCUGUCUCUCGUGCGGAA